GCUCCCACACCACUCAGCAAGCAGUUGCGCGGCACAGGCCUGCCUCUUCGCUUCUCUCCACUCCUCCUCUGUCUCUCUCCACUCUCCACACCAUCGAGCUCGAGAAAUCCUCGCCUCAACCUCCUGUCCCGGUCUCGGUAGCCGCGAGACGUUCGAAUCUUCAAGUUAUUUUUGGAGCACGGCGCAGCCUCGAGAAAUCACCCAUGGCUAAGCAAAAGAUCGUGAUCAAGGUGCAGAUGGCGAGCGACCGGUGCCGGUCCCGGGCGCUGGCGCUGGUGGCGGCCACGGGCGGGGUGGACUCCGUGGCGCUCGCCGGCGACGGCAAGGACCAGGUCGUCGUGGUGGGCGAGGGCGUCGACUCCAUCAAGCUCACCAGCGCGCUGCGCAAGAAGGUGGGCGGCGCGGAGCUGGUGCAGGUCGGCGAGGACAAGAAGGAGGAGAAGAAGCCGGCGCCGGCUCCCACCGUCGCCGCGCCCGAGUACUACAGCCAGUGGUACUACCACCCCUACCCUCCGCCGCCGCCACCGCACCUGGCCGGCGCCGUCUACGACCACCACGCCGCCGGGUACGGCUACUACCCGCGGUCGGACACCUGCUCCAUAAUGUAAACAGAGGGGCUUGGAUUCCCGACUCUGUUUUUUUUUGUUUAAGAGGUACUCGUAUGUGGUUCAGUACGGCUUAGUAUUUCCUUUUCUUUCACACGAAUUCCACUUGUACAAAAAAUGGCGAUGCCGGGAAAAUCUCGAUUAUAAUCAGGAAAAGUGCAUGUGAAUAUUUCAGGA